AUGACGGGCCCGCCACCCGCAACCCCGGUCCCGCCUCUGCAUACGCCCCUCCCCACCCCUUCCCCGCCCGCUCCAGCUCCCCGCGGACCUGCCGGGCUGGAGCCGGCCGGGAGCUGGGACAGGGGGCGCCCUCCCGGACCCCGGCUCACCCUCUGGGGCGCCGGCAGCCCCGCACGCGCGUCUCCCGCAGCCGGCGCCGCGGCGGUAUUUAUGAGUUUGCAGGCGCCCCGGCCUCCCGCCGCCCACAGCCGUCCCGGCCCCGGAAGAGCAGGCCGCCUCGGGGUGACGGGCUCCCCAGACAGCCAGGGCCCCGCGUCCCACAGGUCUGGCCGGUCCCGGGCGCCUCACGCCCACCCGCCCGCCACCCCCAGGGCGGGGUGCGGGAAGAGGGGACCCGGGAAGGCUUGCUACGCCGCCGCCGCCACCUCCAAGCCGGCCACCAGGUUCAUGUAGCUCCUGAAUUCCAUCCACUAAUCCAGGUUGAAGCCCCGUGGAAUCAAAAUCACAGAGAGUGGCUUUCUGGAUUUACUGACUUCUAGAGCCGUUGGUCCCCAAUAAGGUGGAUGAGGCUCACGGGUCACUCACCAACCCCCCACCCCUGCUCAUGCCCCCACCCUUCCCCUACUCUCAAGACAGCUGUAGCACUAUUUCUAGUUUCCCUUUUUUGGAUACUUUUGUGCUUUGAGAAAUAUACUCCCAUUUCCCUAUUUUUUAGUCUACUCGCUAGAGAAAAUAAUCUUGUGGUGGUGAACAGAGCAUCUACUCUGGAGCCAGAUGGCCUGGGUUUAAAUCUAGCUUGGGCAUUGACUAGCUUAGGCAAGUUAUUUAACCUCAUUGUGCCUCAGUUCCCAGCCCUAAAAUGGGGAUGAUAAUAGCAACUACCUCACAGGGUUGUUGUGAAGAUUAGAUAAGUUUAUAGAAUAAUAAUAAUAAAAAAAAAACACAAAAAUACUUAGAGCAGGGCAAGCACAAAGCAAAUGCCAUACAUAUCACUUUGAAUUAUUCUGAUACCCGAAACAUCUGGUCUACCCUGUUUGCAAGCUGAGACUAUGAUGAUCCUACUUUUCUACAGCUGUUUAAAAUUAUUUAAACCUCUUUUAUUGUGAAUAUGGCAUCCAUACCAAAAAGUCCAUAAACAUACAGCUUAACAAAUUAUGACAGGGUGAACACAUCUUCUGUAACCACCACCCAGGUGAAGAAAUAAAAUACUGCCGGCUUCCCACAAGCCCCUCAGGCCCCCUCCCAGGCACUGCUCUCUCCCUCCCCGAGAAGGUCACCACAAUCCUGAGUUUUACAUGACUUAGGAUUUGCCACCUAAGUAUGCCUCCCUAUGCAUGGUAAUUUCAUUUUGCCUGUUUUUGUGCAUAAUGUAAAUAGAAUUAUACAGCUGUGUCUAGCUUGUUUUGCUCAAUAUUAUGAUUGUGACAUUCAUCCAGGUUGCAUGUAUAAUGAAAUCCAUUCCUACUCAUUGAUGCGUAGUAGUCCAUUGUGUGAAUACACUGCAAUUUAUUUACCAA